CCUCAGCAAAGCAUCCAUCAUUUUUGAAAAAAUUUGGAGAUUGAUAUAAGGCACUUUUGGAAGUUCUGUCAAUUGGAGGAUUUGAUCAAGAAUAACGAAUGUCAGCAAUCGUAUCAUCGAUUCAUCUUAGCCGAUGGACGAGCAGUCCUCGCCUUUUUGCUAAGCAUCCUGGACCUGGAGCAGUUCAACAUUUUUCAUCAUCGUCAACAUGGAAAUGCCAACAAGGUUUCAGAACCAACCAUGCAUUGUUGUCUCUCACAAUAGGACAGAGGAGAACUCUUAGCAGCCAACCAUGUAGGAAUAAGAUUGUGUGCAAUAGUUCUCCAUCACCUGAAGUUCAAAGUCCUUCUGGAGCCCCUUCACACUCUUUGAGAAGCUGGAUGAUUGGGAUGGUAUUCUCAGUAAUUAUACCCUUUUGGAGGCACAAAUGGGGGCCCUUGCUACAAUUGAAAAAGGAGGUGGACAUGAUUGUAGACAAUGUUGAAGCAGUGGUGGAGGUGGUAGAACAGGUAGCUGAGAAAGUGGAGGAAGUGGCGGAUGAAAUAGGUGAUCGUCUUCCUGAUGGAAAGCUCAAGGUUGCAGCUGAUUUAGUUGAAAGUUUAGCCAGAGAAGCAGCCAAAGAUGCUCAUCUUGCAGACCAGCUGAUUGAGAAGGCAGAAGAAGUGGAAGAUCGGGUGGAAAACUUUUUUGAGUCAGCCAUGGAUAAAGCAGGAGACUUGACCAAAGUUGUUGCUGAUGAACCAAAUAUUGUACCAGUAGAGAAGAAAUUUCAGUGAUAUAUAUUUGAUGUUCAAAUCAGAGAUGAACUAACUUAUCAUUCUGUUAUAUCUAACUGUAAAAAAAACAACAACAAAAUGAAUUCAAUUUUUUACAAAACAGAUACGAAAUCUGAACUGGUGUUUACAAAUUACAGUUAGAUAUAACAGAAUGUAUUCAUUAUUUGUUAUUAGACCAACUUAAACUUGA